CCGAGCUGAAAAGAAACAGUAUAGUGGUUGUAAAAAAAAGUUGACCCGCAUCAGGAUUAGUUCGGGUAAAGAGUCCGUCUCCGGGGAUCGGAUCGGUAAGAAUGUCAGCGAAGAAGGGGGGCCCGAAUCAGGGUUAGGGACCGUCGGGGCCCAUCGGCGACCUGCAACCGUCGAUAUCCUGGGCCGGGAUACGCGUGGACGAAACCGCAACCACCGACGAAGAACCCGAACGAUAAGCGACGGCCAUGCGGAUCAGCAGGGUGGUGAAACCGAGGUCGAGUACAAUAAAAGACCAGCAGAAAUCGGCGCUGCGACGAACCUCGGAUAUUUAGGAGGCCCCCUCGACUCGGAUCGCGGGUUCCUCCACCCGCGUCUGCAAGACCGACGUCGGUGUCCGAGCGACGCCGACUUCCUCGAGUACAUCGGUUACGGGGCGAACUUCCGGGCUGCCUGCAGGAACAGGGCGUUAAGAACCCGGGAGACAGAACUGGAGAUUGAACUGGAGUCGGUCAAGAUGCCCGGGAAGGAAGUCGCCUACCAUCAAGAGACCUUCUCCCUUUUGCCGCCACCACCACCCCCGCCCCACCACCACCAUCAUCACUCUGCUUUUCACGCCGCGUUUCACCCCCAUGGACAUCCACCGCCACCGUUUCACCCCCAUCAUGGACCGACGGCUCAUCACCCAGCCGCAGCUGCCGCAACCGCAGCAGCAGCCGCCGCAUGGGAACACCACGCCGCAGCGGCGGCCGCAGCAGCAGCCGCGUUUCACGCACCGCCUCCGCACCAUCCAUUAUCGAGUGGCGGAGCAACGACGAUCGGUGGAACCGGUAGUCCAUUGGGAAACAACGGUGGUGGCGGUAACGCGAACGCCGGUAACGUAGGUGGAAGUGGUUCCGGUGUGAGAGGAGAACAGGGCGGAAGCAGGAACGGAGACGAAGGUGGUAACGCCGAGGGGCGAGGAGGCGAAAGUGGAGGUGGAGACGCCGGCGACGGUGGCGGCGGCGGUGGGAACGCGAGUUCCGGUACCGACUUCCUCCGCAGAAGCCACCCCCUCUCGGAGCACACUCUCCACCCCGCGUAUCGGCUCAACUACAUGGACCACCUCUACCACCACCUCCAGGCCUCCACGCACAGCCCCAACGCCUCAUUACACGGGCUGGGUGGUUUAGGACCGGAGUACCUCCUGCACGCUGCCGGCCCCGCGAGCACCCUCGCCUCGUCAGAAUUCCCUUUCUCUAUCGAUGCUUCUUCGAGACUAGGCAGUCCAAGAGCCUCAGCAUCAGCAUCAGCCUCGGCGAUCAGGGCGAGCAGAAAACGAGCUCUGAGCAGCUCACCGUACUCGGAUAGAUUCGACAUCGACAGCAUGAUACGAUUCAGCCCCAACAGUCUAGCAUCGAUCGUAAACGGCUCGAGAAGUAGCAGUGCGAGCGGAAGUUACGGCCAUCUUUCCGCAGCCAUGAGUCCAGCGCUUGGAAUGCACCCGGGGAUGGCACCGCAUCUUCAACAACUUCAGACCCACCUUUUACGGAGUGCCGCCGUUGCAGCAGCCCUCCUUCCCCACGGACACCAUCCCUCGUCCCACCUUCAACCGCCCCCGCACCCCCCUCACCCCGCACACCAUCCGGGUCAUCAUCACCACCCUCAUUCUCACACCCACUCACAUGCCGCUCUUGGUCCACCCCACGCCCAACUAUUCUCCGUACCUCCACACACAACUGGAAUGGUGGCCACAGUUGGAACCCACGGAAGCUUACCGCCUCCAAAGACUGAGCGAACGACGGACACGGCAUGCAGAAGGACCUCAGGGGAAGGACCGGGCCGAUCGAUAGCCGCCGAGGCUGACACCUCGUCCAGAAGAGCCUCGACCAAAGUAAAGAGGGAACCGGUCACGACCGCGGCGAGCACGACGACAGCCAUGACAACGACAACGACCGCCCCGCCAACCCAUCCCCAGGGACUAAGCCCGAGCGAGGACCUGAGGGACGAACCCGGGGACUUCAUCGAGACCAACUGCCACUGGAGAGGAUGCGGUCUCGAAUUUCCAACGCAGGAUGAUCUCGUCAAGCACAUAAACAACGACCACAUCCACGCGAAUAAAAAGAGUUUCGUAUGCGGUUGGGAAGAUUGUUCGAGAGAAGAGAAACCGUUCAAGGCGCAGUACAUGUUGGUUGUUCAUAUGAGGCGGCAUACGGGUGAAAAACCCCAUAAAUGUACCUUUGAAGGCUGCUUCAAAGCAUAUUCAAGGCUAGAAAAUCUCAAGACACAUCUGAGAUCUCACACGGGUGAAAAACCUUACACCUGCGAGUACCCGGGAUGCAGCAAAGCUUUCAGCAACGCCAGCGACCGAGCCAAACACCAAAAUCGAACGCAUUCUAACGAGAAACCGUACGUUUGCAAAGCUCAAGGCUGUACAAAGAGGUACACAGAUCCGUCGUCUCUUCGGAAGCACGUGAAGACAGUUCACGGUGCGGAAUUCUACGCGAACAAGAAGCACAAGGGCGGUGACGGCGGCGGAAGUGACGAAGCUGGUGCAGGUGGACACAGUCCUAGCCGUAGCGAAGACCGGCAUCCAAAGACCCCGAGUUUGUCGAGCCCAAGUGUGAAGUCAGAAAGCGAGGCGAACAGCCCGCCUGGCAUGAUGCAACAGGGAAGUCCACUGGUCGGCGGAUGCACCGAUGAACUUGGAAUGGGAGGCGGUAGCGGAGACGGCGUGACCGCGAUCGGGGUUGACGAACCGUGGAACGAAGAACCGGAUGACCUCGACAUCGCUGAUCUUCCGGUCGCACUCCGUGCCAUGGUCGGUGGAAUGGAGUCUCAACAAGCACCCCCACCCUCGAGGAGUCGUAUAAAGGGACGACUAAGCGCAAAAGCGAUACCGCCAUUGUCGGUCGGGGUGACGGGUAUGAGGCUAGGACGAGGAGCCGGAGGAAUCGGAAGCGGCGGAGGUGUCGGAGGUGGUUGUAUCGGUGGUGUUGGUGGAGGCGGAGUCGGAGGUGGAGGAAUCGGCGGGGGUGGAGGUGGUGGAAUUGGAAGCGGUGGAGGGCCUGGACCCCAGGGUAACAUCGGAGAGCUGAACAGGCGGAUAACGGACCUGAAAAUGGAGAGUGGAGCGAGACAAACUACCUUCACGGACCUUCAACUAAGACUGCAACCCCUUAGCGAACCUAGACGCGACAGUAAUAGCACGGUUAGUACCUACUACGGAAGUAUGCGCUCGGCGGACUUUGGUAGCCGGAGAAGCAGCCAAGCGAGUGGUGUCAGUGCCGUGAGACUUGGUCUCGGCAUGGGCUUGGGACUCGGUAUCGGUUCGAAUGGACCCGGAAGUGGGAACGGAAAUGGAGGCGGAGGUGGUGGCGGAAUUGGGGGAGGUAGUAGCGGAGGAGCUGGUGGAAGCUUCUACGAUCCAAUAAGCCCAGGAAAUUCUCGGAGAAGUAGUCAGCUUAGUACAACUUCCGGUCGACUCAACGGACCACCUCAUCUUCAGGGCCAGUAUUCGACAAACAAUUUGGUCGAUCAGACGCAGAACAUGUCGCUUCAGGGACCGCAAGGAAUACCAGGGGACUGGAUGCCCAAUGGGCACUGUCCACAGCCAGCUGCUGAUCGAAGAAUGUCAGAACCAGCUCGUACUCAUCAAGGUCAAAGAACAUCUCCGCUGAUGCCACCCAGACCCAGGUCAGCCCAGCUUCCGGAACUCCAUCCGAACCAGGAAGUAAUUCUCGACGAAGUCGGAGAGGGUGAAAUGGUGGAAAACAAACUGGUCAUACCAGACGAAAUGAUGCAGUACCUCAAUCAGGUGCAAGCAGGAGGCAACCAAGUAAGUUACAGAGGGAGUCCUCUACCGAUCUGCCAAUCGCCAAUAUGCACGAACCCGUCGCACUACCAACGCCAGCAGAUCCCCUGCACUUACAACAGCCAACAGCACCAGCAGAAUUGUUACAACCAAGCAAACGGCAGACAGAACUGUUCAAACUACCAGAAUAUGUCACCAUCGUCGUACCUGCACCCUCAGUGCGGUAGUUCGAGAGCGAGUCAAGCUUCGGUGGGGGGUUACUGCCCGCCGCAGAGCCACUCGCAAUCCCAGCCUCCACCGGGUUACGGUUCGCAAUCGCAGUGCGGAUCACAAAUGGCAAGUCCAGCCGGAGGUCAAGUAAUGUCACCUGGCUCUCACUACGCCCCAAGCCAUGCGAGUGACCAACCAAUGACGUCACCGGCCGCCGGAGCGUUAGCGCCUCAACACGUACCUCAAAACGUGCAACAAAAUUCGGCACAGAUGACGAGGCAUUGCAGUCUUCAGGGUCACCCGACGACACCCCAAGGAUUUUACGGCGGAGGAGGUGGAGGAGGAAUAAGUGGAGCCGGAACAGGUGGUUACGGAUGUCGAAACGUCAACUGCGCGCAAUUGCAUCGUCCAGACGAAACCUGUGCUACUCAUCCCCAAACGCAACCCCUGCAAAGUCACGUUCCAAUUUCACAGCAAUGUGCAGGUCAGUCUCGUAACGGAUCGACGUCGAACUGCCCGCAACUAUCUCCAGCCUCAAACCAGUCGUCAACAGCGGUCAAGAACAACACGAAUAACAACCAUUCCAACAACCGGUGCAGCCAAAUAGCUCACCAAGGUCAAACAGGGCAUCGACCGGGCGUUCAACAAACCAACGAAGCCCCGCAUCACCAUCACCACCAUCAUCACCUUCCAAAUGUGCCUAAUCCGACGGUACGAAGUCCGGUGAACCAGUGCCAACAAAUGACUACCGGGCACUGUCCUCAGGCUGGUAUUGGCGGCCAAAAGGUACGCGGAACUGGAGUGAACCAACAAAAUCAGCAAACACAACCACCUGGAACUAACGUCUGCGGACAGAUGAGCGGUGGGGGUUGUAGUCAGCAGAGUGCUGCGACGGUUCAAGGCCAGACGAAUCUCGGAUGCAGUCCGCAGUCGUGCUCGAUGCACCACGGAUGUCAACCGCAGAUGUCGCCGAGCCAUUUCACAUGCGGUUGCCAAUGGGGAUACACGACGGACCCGUGCUAUCAUAGCCACGAUGCAAACAUGCCGGAAAUUCAGUGCAGGGAUAUAAGCCAGUCCCAGCAGGGUUCACCCGUGAAACCGCCCCAGGGGAUGAGGCAGGACUCGUACAGACGAACCCUCGAGUAUGUCGAGCAGUGCAGAAACUGGUCUGGUAAUGCGCAAGCUCAGGUCCAUGAGACGGGGGUUUCUAGCUCAACUCAUCCCCUUUCUCUUCCUCAACCUCUCCCAGCGAGUGCUAAUAUGAUCGUAAAUGACAUGACGUCGUCCCUGAGUUCUCUUUUAGAGGAGAAUAGAUAUCUUCAAAUGAUUCAGUAAAGGGCAUUGUGUUCAGCGCGUGAAAAUUUUUUGAUCAAUCAAGAAACAGAGAAAUGAGAAAAGGAACGAACUGGAGGAGUAGAUAGAUUUUCAAAGUCUCUCAUCACCGUUCGUCAUGGUAUAUACAUAUGGGGAAUU